CGCUGCCAACCUUAGUAAAGAAAAUAGGUAACUUUAUGGAUGCCAGAUACGGAACUCUCAAAUUUAAUAGCCCAUUUUUCAAAUGAUGUGUAUGUUAAUUACAGCUGCAACUAAUACAACGGAUGAUAGGUAAUAUUAAGAGAAAAUUAAUCAACAAUAACUAAAAUGAAUGCUACGAGAGGAGUAUUAUCAGCUAGCUGGUUGAAAGGAAACGGUUUUAAGCGAAUAGUCACAUUUUCCACCAAAGCACACGCGAAGGAAAUAACAGCUUCUCACCAAAAGCACAUACCAAGUGCACAUACUCCUACUGGAACCUCCGAUGGUCGUAAAUCAGUGAUACCCCAGAAUUAUCGUUUUAUUUAUCCAGAGUUUUUGCCGGACCCAAAAGUGGAAUGGCGUAAUCCAGUUCGCGAAAAACUCGAACGCAUGGAUAUGCUUGAUCGCCGCACAAAGAUAGACAUACCAGAGUUCUAUGUUGGUUCGAUAUUGGCAGUGACAAGCUCUGAUCCGCAUGCAGCUGGAAAAGUUAGUCGAUUCGUAGGCAUAUGCAUACAUCGUGACCGUUGUGGCCUCCGCACCCGUUUUAUAUUACGCAACAUCAUUGACCAUCAAGGCGUUGAAGUACGAUAUGAAUUAUAUGACCCAACUAUACAAAAGAUUGAAGUUCUUCGCUUAGAAAAACGUUUGGACGAUCACUUGUUAUAUUUACGUGAUGCACUUCCAGAAUACAGCACUGUUGAUUUGAAUAUGGAACCCGAAUUUUUAGAUGAAAAUGCGGUAGUACCCAUAAACGACAUCAAAGUAGUUUUACGUCCGCGUCCAUGGUUAGAACGUUGGGAACGACAGAAUUUACAAGGCGUAGUAAAUGUAGAUCAGUAUAUAACUGAUAAACAACGUCGACAGGCAAUUGCUCAUGAAAAGCCGUGGGAGAAGUACGAUAUGAUGAAGCAAUAUCGAGCUACAAUCCCCGAAGAAGAACAAAAGGAAAUUUAUGCAGAAGUACACUCCCAAUUGCACAAUUUAGAAAUACAAAGAAAACGAAACAAACGUAAACGUUCAUUUGUUAAGCCAACCAAAUUGGCAUAGAUCUACUAAAAUGUACAAUAGUUGUUUAUAUAAAUAUAUUUAAUAAACCUGUCCUUCUUACCAAGAAAAA